AUGACGUUAACACAGGUCGCCAGGGCUGCUUGUAUAUUCGUGCGCAAGCGGGUGGCCUCGUGCGACCCCCAGACGCUGCACCUCUGGGACCCGUUCAUCGGCGCUGCGGACGCUCAGGUCGAGCUGGGCAGCAUCAGCGUCAUGGCUGCGGUUCCGGCGCCGUGCCCGUACCUGUUCUGUGGAUCCAGCGAGCCCAGCCUGCGGCUGGUGGACACGCGUAUCGGCGCUGCUGUCUGCACCUGGAAGGGCGCCCUCGCUGUGCUCGAUCUACGUACCGGCACGGUGCGUGCCGCCUGGAAGGCUCACGAGGCUGAGGUGCGGCAGGUGGCGGCGCUCGAUGACGCCAGCCUGGUGACGUGUUCGGUGGAGCCGAGCCUGACUGUCUGGGAGACCGCCGACGGCGCGGCACGUACCACGCUCCGCGGACUGAGCGAGCCGGCCAGCUUCGUCCUGGUGGACGCCGGCGACGUCAUCACCGGCACCUCCACCAACCGGCUGGCCGUCUGCAGCGGCAGCGAGCCGGGCGCCGUCUUCUCCUCCACCAAGCUGAAGCCCGAGUGCUUCAAAGGCGUGCUCUCCUCGAUGGCCCUACUGAGCGCCAAUCGGCUGCUGCUGCUGGGGUCGGACCAGGGUUCCAUACGGCUCAUCUACUGAGGAGCGACUGAAGACCGCCUGGAGACGUGGCCGUCAAGAGCGGCGAGGCAGCAGCGCGUGCGCACGGACUGCAGAGCGUGCAUUGACUGAGGACGGCCCAUUCACUGGGACGGGUCAGACCAACGCCUUUAAGCUGGGAAAGGGUUAAAGAGAUGCGGGCUGGCCCGCCCCGCCUCACUGUAAUGGUCACCGUUACGAGCCCCGCCCCCUCCCCCUCCCUCCCCCCCACACACACGGCACGAGCUUGCAGCCCUUUCACCGGGCUGCAAAGUUGGUAUUUCAUCCUCGUGAUGGAACGUGAUUAAGUGCGGGAAAUGCGAGUAACUGGUGACGCACUUGCUCCACCGCCUACUGUGGAAAUUGGUAGGCGGUGUCGCUUUCCUACGUCCGCAAUGCUCUUUCCCUGUAUUUACUGGUAGACCAAGAUUUCAGGAGGUCAAUGGCCGGCUCAUUCCGGUCACAAGUUCGCUGGGGGUUUGCCAGAGCAUUGGGUUAGCGUCACGUUACGGUAGUUGUGGGUGAGGCACGUCACGUUUGCUGAGAGCGGGGUCAUUUCUAUAGCCUGUCAUUUUCCAUUCGAAAUAAGAGAUUCACGAGCACGGGACCUGCACGAAUUUUUGUGUUUUGGUUAGCUUAUGAACGCUUAAGAAGCCAUGUUGGCGAAGUUGGGAUUUCCACCGUGAGGAGCUGUUUCAUCCCAUGUCAGCGCUGUAGGGGCCGCGAUGAGAUCGUAGUCGGACCCAGUGACGUCAGUGUGCUAGUGACGUGCUGUCGCAGCGUGUGUACCGGUUUGUUAGAUCGUUGCUUCUCUCCGUCGGUGUUUUCUAUUAGCAUCAACAGCGCUCACUGAUGUACUGUUUAUUGUUGGCUGCUACUUGUGCGAUGCAUGGAAGGCGGACGAGUUUUGAGCCAUUCCGCUUUCAUUGUUUUAGCGAUAGCAUUUUAACACGAUGUGGUGGAAAAUGCUACCCCGUUCGUUCCUCACACUAUUGCGUUCUCUUCACACCAAAGACGCUCAUGUAUGCAUUUAAUGUCAUGUGGUGGGUUCCGGGUUUGCCAGUUUCGAUGUGGUGGAUGACGGUUAAUUGGUGUGGUCACCAGGUGCGCAGGACGACAUUUUCUCUGGGCGGAAAUGACGUCAUUCGUUUUCGAAAAAUGUACUUACUUUGAGCCGUGGCGUUUCCCGGGUGAAUAAACUGUUCGGCGUACCCUUA